AUGAAGUCGAGGCCGUCCGUUUCAGCCCUACGCCGCCUCGGUGCCGCCGUCACGGCCCUCUCGCUGCCGGCCCUCGUCCUCGGACAGUCCGCCGCCGACUACUUUGUCCAGAACCUGCCUGGAGCACCCGCCGAACCUCCCAUCAAGAUGCAUGCCGGACACAUCGAAAUCACACCCGAGACCAACGGCAACCUCUUCUUCUGGCACUUCCAAAACCAACACAUCGCCAACAAACAGCGAACCGUCAUCUGGCUCAACGGCGGGCCCGGCUGCAGUUCCGAGGACGGCGCCCUGAUGGAGAUCGGCCCUUACCGCGUCAACGACGACCUGACGCUCUCCUACAACGAGGGCUCGUGGAGCGAGUUUGCGAACCUCCUCUUCGUCGACAACCCCGUCGGGACGGGAUACAGCUUCGUCAGCACGAAUAGCUACGUGACGGAAUUGACGGAGAUGGCGAAUCAGUUUGUGACGUUUUUGGAAAAGUAUUUUGCUAUUUUCCCCGAGUACGAGCAAGAUGAUAUUUACUUUGCCGGCGAAUCUUACGCAGGCCAGCAUAUACCCUACAUCGCCAAGGCCAUCCUCGACCGCAACAAGAAACCCGCCACAAGAUCGCCAUGGAACGUAAAGGGUCUACUAAUCGGAAACGGCUGGAUCGCUCCCAAGGAGCAGUACGAAUCAUACCUCCAAUUCUCCUACGCGCGCGACCUCAUCAAAAAGGACAGCUCCGACGCCGAAAAGCUCCAACAACAAUGGCGCAUCUGCGAAUCGCGGAUAGCCACCGACCCCGGCCGAGUCGACUACGCCGAGUGCGAGACCAUCCUCCGCAACAUCCUCGAGAUGACCACCGACCUCAACCCCAAGGGCCAGAAGCAAUGUUAUAACAUGUACGACAUCCGUCUCAAGGAUCUCUACCCAGCCUGCGGCAUGAACUGGCCGCCCGAUCUCAAGAACGUCGAACCCUACCUCCGGCACAAGGACGUCGUGGCCGCCCUGCACGUCAACAGCCACAAGUCAUCCGGGUGGACCGAAUGUUCCAACGGCGUCGGCCGCGCCUUCCAGAACCGCGAAUCCAACGCCUCUGCCGAGCUCCUGCCCGAAAUCCUCGCCGAGGUCCCCAUCCUGCUCUUCUCGGGCGCCGACGACCUCAUCUGCAACCACGUAGGCACCGAGGCCUUCAUCGGAAACCUCGAGUGGAACGGCGGUAAAGGGUUCGAAGUCACGCCCGGAACAUGGGCACCGCGCCGCGACUGGACCUUCGAGGGCGAGCUUGCGGGAUUCUGGCAGGAGGCGCGGAACCUCACGUACGUCCUAUUCUACAACGCCUCGCACAUGGUGCCAUUUGACCAGUCGCGGCGCUCGCGCGACAUGCUCGACCGCUUCAUGGGUGUCGACAUUAGCAGCAUCGGCGGAAAGGCCACCGAUAGCCGUCUAGACGGCGAAAAGGGACCCCAGACCUCCGUACCGCCCGUCAAGAAGCCGGCGGACUCUUCCUCCUCUUCGCCCGCAUCCUCCCCCGAAACCGACGACGAGCAGGAAAAGGCCAUCCAGGACGCAAAAUGGCAAGCGUACCGCCGCUCGGGCGAAAUCGUCCUCGUCCUCGCCUCCGUCGGAUUCUGCGUCUGGGGCUACUACGUCUGGCGCGAACGCCGGAAGCGCAGGGGCUACCGCGGGCUCGAGACCAACCCCGGCGGACCUGUCGGUGGAGCCCCGCGCCGUCGUGGUGGUGCCGGCGGCGCUGCGGCUUCGGGUCUCGAGGCGUUUAGGACGCGGAGAGGAGGCGGACGGGAGAGGGACGUUGAGGCCGGGGAUUUCGAUGAGAGCGAGUUGGAUGAGUUGCAUCUUGUGACGCCGACGGAAGCGAAGGAUCGGUAUAGUAUUGGUGGGGAUAGUGAUGAGGAGGAGGGGGAGAACAAUGGUGGUGGGAAGGAGGAGAAGCGUGGGGUUGAGGGGUCAUCGGCGUCGAGUGCGUCCUUGGAGAGGUGA